CUAUAGUGUAAGGAUGGUUUGUAGCGCACUGAAUGGUAAUUUCCUUUGGGUCCUAGGUCCAUGUCUAUUUUUGAUCUAUGGUGUUGAACUGUAAUCGGGCCGUUGGUUGGUCUGUUUCAGUUCUGGGUCGUCGAUUCGAUAAAAGUAGGAUGUGAGUGGAUUAAAACAGUGUAGAUUUUCGUCUCAAUUCUGCAUUCAAGAAGAAAUUGAUUUUUUUUAACUUUACAUCAGUUUUGAGGGACAAAUGACACGGUUUAUCUUCGUAUUCGAGGGGGGCGCUCGGAUUCUUCGUCUCGCGUUCGACAGGGCGAUCUGCUGGAAUCGCUGUCGGCGGAACGGUUGGCACUGAUCCCAUCCAUUCCAGCGGUCGUUUUUAUCUCCAACGGAGGAAAACAUUAGAAAGUUGUCUCCGAUCGCCCAAUCCCCAUGGAGAAAUUGACUUUUUUCCUCAUCCCAGUCCGACCUCCGCUAUGCAGUGCUCUCUCGAAACUUUCAAAAUGAACUGUAAAUGAGACUUUUAUUUUCAAACCGAUUUCGGAAUUUUGACAGGUUAAUGGCUCAUCACUCUUAUUUAAAACAAAAAAAGUGUUUUUAUUUAAAUGAAAGUAUUUUAAAAAGCAUAUCACGGAGUGUUGGUUCGUCAGAUAAUAUCCAUUACUAGUGUUAUCAACAGGUGGAUAAAAUGCAUGAAUUGUUUACCCAAGUGCUCAGCAAAAAAGACUUGUCAAAGGCUGGAGACUUGUUUUCUGUCGCUGACCAAGCCAUAGUCGACGAUUUGACUGAAGUUGUAAAUAAAAUAUGCGACAUUACAAGUCUUCCCGAUUACGUAAACAAUGACAAUGACCAAAGUGUUGUUGAAAUAUGCAUUACCAGAGUGACUUCGGCAAUCAGAGAGACGAGCUCGAUGGAACAGCAUGCCGAAGCACUUGUCGGUUUACUCGAGUCGUGCUUAAACCACAAUCUUAAGCCUUCUCCUAAAGAUGAAGAUCCACCACAUGCAAAGAUAUCAUCAGAUAUCAUUUCAUGCAUUUUUCUGAAUUAUAACAAGAAAGAUGUGAUGAAAAGGGCUCUUCCAGUUGCAGUGAAGUUCCUUCAUAAGGGUAACAAGGAACUUUCCAGAAAUAUGGCAUCAUAUUUAUCGUUAGCAGCGAUAGAUAAUGCGGAUCUUCUUUCGAGCCAUAUUCAGCUCAUUAUUGAUUCCAUUAUUUCUGGAAAUUAUCCAUUAUGCAGAGUUCUUCCACAAGUUUAUGAUGUCAGUAAAGAGCCAAUUCACGAUCACUGUAUGGCGUUGGUGUCUCUCCUUCCUCCUUGUGAACACCAAGAAAGGCUGGCUCUUUUGCAACUCUUUGGAUUAAUUGCUAGCAACAAGCCUUCUUUAUUAGAACCCAGCUUACCUCAAUUAUGUGAGUAUUUAGCGAUUGGAGCUACUGCAGGAGCAACAAUGCAGGUUCUUUUGAGACUGGCUGAAAAGAAACCUCAUCUUCUUAUGGAUUGUGUUCCAAAAGUAAAACAAGCUGCGGAAACUUUCCCAGCUACAUUAUGCUUAGCUGCACAAGUAAUUGCUGCUGUUGGUAAACUGAGUAAGGAUAAAGCUCAGGAAGCUUUAAAUUUCGUGUUGGAACAUCUCAGCAAAGCAGAACGUGGAAGUCAAGGGAUGCUUUUACGCGAAGCUACUUUACUUUGUUCAAGUUACCCUGUUCUUUUUACUGACAAGAUGCUAGCUGAAGUGAGGAAAAACAGGAUCAAUCACGGAAUCUCCCAGGUGAACCAGACUUCAACAGGAGUGACAAUUGUAAAAGUAGGAGAACAAUUAGCUUGCGGGACUAGCAGCAAUAACAACAAUCCUAACAUAAGCAAUAACAAUCUCUCACAAUCCAAACUUUCAUCUCCUCCUUCUACAACAAGAACAAUAGAGCACACAUUGAAUAGGAGUGAAGGAGGGAGAGUUAUGGUGACUCCGCGGCCAAGAUUGGGCGGAGAUAGCCGGAGCACUCCGAGGCUUCAUUCAUCAGCAGCCCAUAGAAGUAUGACGAGGCUUAACAACUUACUCCCUACAGUCUCAAGCGGAAGCGGAAGUGGACUCCAUAAAAGCAUGACGAGGCUUCCUUCAGCAAAUAACAGUGUUACUACCAUAACGAACCAUCCCAAGAGUAAAAUUUCCUGCAGCGGAGUUACCGUCACGACAAACCAUAGCCCAACAUCAGGAUUAAGGGAAGAUAGAGAAAGUUCAGUCGUCUCAUCUACUGUAACAGGAGUUAACUCUCCUUCAACUACUACAGGAGUGAGCUCGAGUGGAGUAUCUGUGAGCCAGACUCCUUUAUCUAUGAGUUCUAGCCAUGCUUUGGUAACACCGAGAAGGACGAAUACAAGCGUUACAAUUAUAAACCAUAACACCAAUGCUGCAAUUGUUGCUAACUCCCAGAGGAUAAGCGUUUUUGAGCCAUAUCCCAUGAGAGACACAGUGCAGCAUUUCUGCGAAAAACACUUGGACAAAAUUAAGGCUUACAUGAAGAAAGUAUCGACGAGAAUACCGCUACCGGCUAAAUGUACAAUCGAAGAAAGGAGGGCGAAAAAGAUGGUCAAGCUACAAUUUGGCUGCGAUGGAAGAGGGGAGCAUUGUUUGUACUCAAAAACACUGUUUACCAUGAGGAGCCGCAAUCCACGUGUUUGGAUUCAUCUUAUGUUUCUCGCACUUCAAGCUAAGUCGCAAAGUGCACUCAGCUCACGGCAUUCUGCAGUCACUGCUCUUAAAUAUUGCUGGGAUAUCUUAAAGUGUGAAAAUAAGCCUUUUGUUACACUGGUUACAUCGGCUUUUCCUUGUCCAAGGGAUCAAGAGGCUGUUUUAAAUGAACUAAGAACAGCUGGGUUUUGUGAUGUAUUUGAAUACAGCCCUACUCUUCCGUCGUCUUCCAUCAGUAGCAAUUUAUCUGGAGGACCGGUAAAUAAUAUGGGCUGGUGGGGUUGUUUUUUGUGUAACCAUCCUGAGAGAGCAGUAGGCUUCCUUCAAGACUCGAGGCCAGUUAUCGAGGGCCAGCUCAAGGAAAAAAAGGGUAGAUGGAGGAUGUUCAGGAGGUGGAGGACUAGAUAUUUUACACUCUCGGGUGCCCGGUUGGAAUAUAAAGCAGGGAAGGAUGAAAAGGAUGCCAGGCCAAUUGACAUCCACCAAAUAAGGAGUGUGAAAGUAUCAAGAGGGGCGAGAAAUAUUCCAAAAGCGUUUGAAAUAUUUACAGGUGACAAUUCACUGAUACUUAAGCCUAAGGGAGGGAAAAACGCAGAAGAAUGGGUCCAAUGUCUUUCAGUCGUCGUUGCUCACUCCCAAGCUCGGGAAGUGCCAACUAGGGGUUCUAGUCUUGUGAGGACUGCAGUUUAAUUUUUUUUUUUCUACCUUACAAAACAACUUAAAAUUAUAAUUAUCUUUAAUGGUGUUUGCCAAAGUUAAGAAAAAUUUAUCGUAGAAAUUGUGUUUCAACAUAACACAGUUUUUUUACUUAUUUUAUUUAUAUAAGACAGUGCAAAAUGCAGAGAACCAUUUGGCCAAAUAAGGAGACUGUUAAUCAAUUUUUAUAUGUUGUUAUUUUCCACUAAUAUAUUUUUAUAACUGCAUGUAUUAAAUACUUAUGUACUUAAGUUUUUUUGUUAUUGUUUUGAUAUUUGUACUCGACUUUUUUAUGUAAAUAUAUUUAUUGUUGU